AAAAGUGAACUAUUUCCUGCUCGGACGGAUCAGGUCUUCGUGUCGGUGGAGCCGCUCUCCGCGUCUGAGUAAUGGGUUCUGUAGGUUUUAACGGCGUUUUACUGGAGAUUUCCAACAGCCUGACCUCUGACCAGCUGGAGCAAAUGAAGUAUCUGUGUGAUAAUGAAACUGUCAGGAAAAGAGACAAGGAGAGGAUCGACAGCGGCUGGAGACUGUUUCAGCUGCUGACAGAGAGACAGAAACUGGGAGAGGACAACAUCGAGUAUGUGUGCCAGCUUCUCCAGGGAGCCCAGAGACCCGACCUGGUCGAAAAGCUACGAAACUAUGACGGACAACCAGGAAACGGGGUCCAACAGCCUCCAGAGACGGAGAGAGUCAAACUGGACAUUGCCACAGAGGUGAUCGCAGAGAACCUGGGAAAGAUGUGGCGUAAACUGGGCCGUAAACUGGGUUUGACUGACACCAAGCUGGAGUCCAUCUCCAGGAAACAUCCCACAGACCUGGAGGAGACGGCGAUGGAGCUGCUGAAGGAGUGGAGGAAGAUCUGUGGAGCCGAGGCCUGCUCAGAAAGGCUGAUCAAAGCUCUGAGAGACUGCAACCUCAACCUGACGGCUGAUAAAAUCGAGGACAGACUACUCAAACACACAUGUCAGUAAAAGACUGUUAAGAAAUUAGUUAGUGCUCAGAUCAGUGAAAUAAUGCAAAAAUCCUUCCUUUAGCUGAAGAAAUGGACUUCCUGAUUGUAAAGCUGCACAUGUGCAAAAGAGAGAGAGUGUUUGGUGGAUGGUUCUAAUUUUUGUUUUUGUCCAUUAGUAAUCAUAUAUUAAAUAAAUUAUGUGUGACUUUAUUGUCUGAAGAUCACAUAAUAAACUGUGAAGUCUGCUUAACUAAAAAUCCUUCUUUUUGUCGAGCGAACACAUGAAGCCCUGUUCACAAAACCCCAGAAAACAUCCAGAAAUGUUCAGGGUGAGCCUCAUGUUGGAAUGCAAACAGCUAGAUAUUUCAUGUGGGGUAGGGUGGGGCUUUGCUUGUGUGACAGGACAGUGUUUGAGGAGGAGGAGGGUUUGAAAACGUUGCACUGAGAUAGCAUGGUCUGAAAGCUUGGUCAGUUUUUCACCUUUGGAUCAAGGAGAGAUUGGCAUACAGAGAAGGAGCCACAGUCUGGAUUUGAACUUGGCCUUCUGCUUCCUCUGUUCAGGGGCUUCAGAUACACACAAAGGUCCAGCAGUUUAAUAAAACGAGAUCAAGAAAGGAGUGCAUUUGUGAAAAUGAGUUUUCUGUGAUUUUAAUUGACACUUCACGUAUGAUGGAACAUUUCUGCUUCAUCUUAUUGAAAUACAAGCCAUCUGUAUGUGAGGCCUUUUCAUUCUUUAUCAUAUUUAAUGUCACUGAUGCUGGUCAGAGUUUUCCUGUUUUCUGUUUUGGUGUGAAACUGUCGACACAAACAUUUUUGACAACUCAGUUUAAUUUUCUGCAAAAACUAAAGUGGAGGUCCUGAGGUUUCUGUGCACUCAGACCAUGAGAUGAUGCAGAUAGGAUCUUUUUGGAAAAUCAGAGUAUUUCUGUCUGCAACAGUCUGAUGAAGAGUCCAUCACCUCUGUUUCAAAUAAAAGGGAUCAAUAAGAAAAAAUCCUGUUGUGCUGUUUCAUGUGUAUGUGCAGUUAAAAAGGAGUCAGUGAGCUUCAGAGGGAGAAAAGAUUUGCUCAGCUUUAACUCCACAGUUAUUCCUUUAAGAUGAUGUUUUGUGAUUUUAUUAAAACUGAAAAGAAAGUUCAAGGAUUCAUC